UUUAGAUUUUUGUAACAAGGAGAUCGUUAUUUAAUUGCGCAUUUACACUGAUUUCGUAAUUAAGAAGGUUUGGUCGAUAAAAAAGAAAGAAUGGCAAGACAGUUACCGGAGGUAAUUGAAGAUGUUGGCCGAUGUAAACAGGUGGUUGAUGUGUUGGAACGUGAGCGGGUUUUGGCCGUAGACUGUGAGGGGGUCUCACUUGGAGUAGAUGGCCCCUUGACUUUGGUACAGGUCGGCAAUUAUUCAGGAGAGGUUUAUUUGUUCGACAUACUUCGAAACAAAGACCUGCUAAGUCGGGGGAGACUUGGAUCUCUUUUGGAGUCACCCAAUAUUAUCAAAGUAAUACAAUCGUGUUCCAACGACAGUGCUGCACUGUACCACCAAUUCAAAGUAACCCUUAAGAAUGUCUUUGACACGCAGGUGGCCAAUUUAGUCAUUCAAGAACACCAAGGACGUAGAUUAGCGCCUCUUCUUAAACUUGCUGCAAUUUGUGAAGAGUAUGGAGGAAAGAAGUUUUCAACAGAACUCAAAGAUGACGUACAGGCUGAGUGGAUGACAGUGACAGGUGAUUUAUGGGCCAAACGACCAAUGACAGACGAAAUGAUUCUGUAUGCGGCAGGUGACGUCAAGGCCAUUAUUCCGGAAGUUUAUGAAAACCAGAAAAGGUAUCUUGAGGACAACAAUUUAUUGAAAAAAUUUGAAGAGAGGGUACUAGAAGAGAUCUUUUACUUUAUCGAUCCAAGCUUUAAACAAAAAAGAAAAGAGAGAGUUGAUUCCAUUGCCAGAGAAAUCAUUAGGGACAUAAAAGCUAAAUGCACUAGCAACACUAGACUCACUGAUUUCAAAGAAGAUGGCGAUGAAUUCCGGGCUCUUCAAAGAAUCCAUUUCAAAGAUGCUGCUCACGAAUCGGAGCUUGUUGGCCGCUUAAAAACUGAGCUUAUAAGAAAGGAAUUAUCUGAACUUUCUGAACAGCUUGACCAAAAUAAGGAGAGCUCUUUCCUUAACUGGAGAUCAAAGGCUCGUCUCUUCGAUUACGAAAAACACGAUGAUCCUCAAAUCAGAGACACUGCAAAGAGGGUUAUUAAAAGGAUGAACGAUAUUGCAUUGAAGACCAUUUGUACCAAAUAUAAUAUGGAGACCAAGCUAAACUUUUUGCGUCCGAUUGAGAAGGAAACUCUACGGUCUCUUAGACCAGAUGGAACCGACGAUCCUAACAUUCCCCGGGUGGCUCUCCGUCUUCAUUGGUUGCUGAUGGAUGAAGAUCUGCAGAAUAAAAUCGACGAAUUCAACAGAAAUCCUCGAGGUUUUAAAAUGGCGGAGGGGUAUUACAGGAAGAUGAAGUUUUAUAUUGCAAGAAGAACAAGAGUUCCCGACAACCUCAAACAAAAGGCUCAAAGGUUCAAAAAUGACUUAGACCGAACAUUUGGACGUGAUAUCGUUCCAUCUGGGAAUGCUGGUUUCUAAAUGAAAUGCAUGUUCUUUAAUUAAGAUUGACAACUUUGAAAAUUUUCUGUACUCUUACAUCUAACAAUAUUCACUUAUUAAGAUGUUCAUAUUUGUAAAUAUUCAUGUAGUGUUUCUUAUCUUCACAGUAAAAAAAAAAUCAUAGGAUUCCCAUGAAUGCAUUAUAUACAUUACUUAUAACUACAUGUACAUUGUCAUUGAAAGUAAUUAGAAUAUUUUUAAAGCAGAGAAAGAAACUAACACUAUCUUUUGUAUCAAAAAACUUUAGAAACAUCACACGUAGCUUAUCAAUUAAAGGGAAAG